AUGUCGGUGGUUUCUCUGCUGGGCGUCAAGGUCCUGAAUAAUCCUGCGCCAUUCACGUCACCCUACGAGUUUGAGAUCACAUUCGAAUGUCUUGAACAACUCCGAGAAGAUCUAGAAUGGAAACUCACCUAUGUGGGCUCUGCCACAUCGGCAGAACACGAUCAAGAGCUUGACUCUCUGCUCGUCGGGCCCAUCCCUAUCGGUGUCAACAAAUUCAUCUUCGAAGCCGAUCCUCCCAACCUCUCCCGUUUGCCACCAUCAGAAAUUCUCGGCGUAACGGUGAUUCUCCUUACGUGCUCCUACGACGGAAGAGAGUUUGUGCGCGUCGGUUACUAUGUCAAUAAUGAGUACGACGACGAGACAUUGAGUGCCGACCCGCCUGCCAAGCCUGUCAUUGAAAAAAUUCGCCGUAAUGUGCUCGCGGAGAAACCCCGAGUUACCAGGUUCGCCAUCAAGUGGGAUUCCGAAGAGUCAGCCCCGGCCGAAUAUCCUCCCGAUCAGCCUGAAGCCGACACGCUCGAUGACGACGGAACCGCAUAUGGCGCAGAAGAAGCGGAGAUGCAAGCAGCGCUGGAGAAAGAAUUGGAGGAGACCGAAGCGAAGAUGGCGCGAGAAGAGUCUACCAAUGGAGAUCAAGAAAUGACGGACACCCACAAAGUCAAAGACGAGGAAGAAGAGGGUAGCGAUGCCGAAAGUGAGGAUCUCGAGGAGGAGAGCAGUGAGAGCGAGGACGACGAAGAAGAUGAGGAGGGUGCAGAAGGCGAGGAUACAGAGAUGGCAGAGGGUGAUGAGAAGUCUACCGCUGCUCCCAGUGCGGCUUCUGCGGAAGCGACCGGCGAGAAGAAAGGGACACAGACCAAGCAGGAGGUCAUGGUUCAUUAG